CAAACGAAGAAGAAGACAAUGGCACACUUUGUUCUAAUCCAUGGUAUGUCUCAUGGGGCUUGGUGCUGGUAUAAGAUUGUCUCGCUGCUCAAAUCAGCCGGUCAUCGUGCCACUCCGUUGGAUCUCGGUGCAUGUGGCAUCAACACGAAGCAGAUCAGCGAGCUGGAUUCCGUGUGGGAUUAUGCGCAGCCACUGAUGGAAUUCAUGGCUUCUUUGCCUCAAGAGGAGAAGGUAAUAUUAGUGGGUCAUAGUUUUGGUGGGGUUAGCAUGUCUUUAGCCAUGGAAAGCUUCCCUAUGAAAGUACUGGCUGCUGUUUAUAUCACAGCUUUUAUUCCCACCCAUCGUUCUCCUAUUGCAACUGCAGUAGCCGAGUGCCUGAAAAGGGUAUCGGAGGAGCCGAUCAUGGAUUAUCAGCACACCUUCGAUGAUGGGUUUGAAAAUCCCCCAACUCGUGCCUUAUUUGGACCAAAAUUCAUUGAGGCAAAGGUGUAUCAACUCUCACCCAAAGAGGACAUAGAAUUAAUGUUAACGUUGCAGAGACAAGGGAAGUGGUUCAUCAAAGAUUUGUCUGAGGAAUCUUUGCUAUCAGAAGAAAAAUUCGGAUCGAUCGACCGGGUUUAUGUAGUUUGCGAAGAUGAUUUGCUGAUAAAAUCAAGCUUGCAGAAAUGGUACAUCGAAAAUAGUCCAACAGUUGACGUGAAAUUCAUAGCUGGUACAGAUCAUAUGCCCAUGUUUUCCAAGCCACACGAGGUCUGCAAAUGUCUCCAGGAAGUUGCUGCCAAAUACAAUUGAUUCAACCACAAACAUUUCAGUCGCCCAACUUUGUAAUUGAUGAACAAAUAAGUGGUUUUUAUUGUGUACGAUCCUUCUUUUAUUUGACUAAGCAAAC